AUGGAAAAUAUACACUCCAAAGCAGGAACGAAGGAUGAAGAAAAAGAGUACUUGAAGGAAGAUGGUGAUGAUUAUACUGCUUCUCAUUAUAUACCUCCACAUCUUCUCAAUUUAUAUGCAUCGCGAGCCAAGGCACAAGAUUUUGAGAUUUAUGCUCCAAAUGCAACGUUUGAAGAUCCCCUUAUGCGUGCUGAGGGGGUAAAGCAGAUAAAAUCAUCAUUUUAUUCGCUCGGGAAGGUCUUCAGUGAGUCGAGAAUCGUGGAGUACAACGUCACAGAGAAAGAAAUUUCUCCUGGAAAUAAAGAGAUUUUAAUCGACAACAAACAAUAUUACAAGUUCUUGGGGAAAGACAUCCAUAUGAUAUCACUAAUCAAGUUGUACACGGAAGGUGGAAAGGUUGUUCGUCAUGAAGACUGCUGGGAUAAGAAACCUUUACGGAAUAGGGAGACAGUAAAGGCACCUCUUGUUGGGCGUAUGAUUGAGGUAUCUCGUAGAGCUUCGAUGCUUUUAACACAUGCUCUAAUGGGGUUUGGAAAAGAUCCCUCCAUGUAAAUUGCAGUGCACUGUUUUUAAGUGUUUCAAUUAGUUUUUACCAUAUUGUACUAAGAAAUAUAUAUAUGU